UCUCCCCCCCAAAAAAAAACCAGUACGGGGAUAGAGUCAGCGGAUGACCUUUGAGGUUCUUCUGGACCUGCGAUGUGUAAAUUCUGGCCAAACAGUAUAUAUUUCUCAGCAGUCCUGCCUAAGGGUGGACAGCAGUACCUCUUCGUCAGCUUGUUUAUACUCGUUUUGCUCAACGGAAAUAGGUCGCACGGGGAUCGGCAGACCAGGUAAGUUGUAGCUUCUAAGUCAUUGUAACUUCGUGUCGGGGUUGGGGAUGGGGUAACCCAGUCAAAGCCUAGCCAUCGCCAGGAGCAAUUGAGCAGUGGGAUAAACUUUGGCUCCGGCUUUGCCGCACGAGAGGGGCGGGGCUACUUGAAUGGCUCCCGGGUAGAAAGCGAUUGGCCUCAGGAGAAUAGAAGGGGCGGGACUAGUCCUUUGUUGCCAUUGGUCCAGCAGGCAAGUUGAGGGAUGCAGCGUGGGGCGGAGCCCACAAGGGGAGGCAAUUGGCUGGGCAAGAGCCCACCUAGCGGAGCAGACCCGCGAGUCUGCAGCCGGGAUCUGGGAAGCAGCAACGGCUAAGGGCGCACGGGGUUUUGGCUCCGGGCGCACCCUUGCGUCGCUGACUUGGAUACAACGAGGAUACUCGUGUGCUCCGUGCGCUCGAGACGCGAGCCUUUCGACAGCUGGCCUCGCCAGACAGUCGCAGGGAGCAACGAGGAGCGUUGCGGGUGCAACUGCGACGGCUGGAAGGAGGCGGCGGCGGCGGCGGCAGCGGCAGCCCCACUACCUCAGCGGAGACCCGAGCGGAGACGCGGCGGUUCCUGAGAUUCCCGAUUUAGUUCUUUGAGAGUUACUCAUCAUUGUAUUCCCCAAAGUGUCUUACACCAAGUAGAUGCUUGUGAUUCCUGGUCAGGAUACCACAACACAGUGGUCCACCAUGAAGAGUUCACAUGAGUUGUGGCUACUCCAAUCUUUCCUCCUUUGAACACUUAUUCACCAUAAGGUUUCCUUCCUGAGGAUACGAUGACGGUCACAGUGGUAUAUGAUAACUCUGAGGCAACAGAGCUCUGUGCAGCUCAGCAUCUUUACCUCAAGCCCAUAGCAAAAUUGAUGAUCAGUGUAUUGCUCCCAGAGAGUAUAGAACCUUCGAGGCCUUUUUCGAACUGGGAAGUUCUCGAUCAGCUGAAAAGCCUGAUUUGUCCUGAUCAGUUCACCACAGUUCGCCUCUCCAAGAGUACAAAGGACUUCAUCCAAUUUGAGGGGGAGGCUGAAACGCGGAAUUUGAUUCCGAUCCUGAAGGCAAAAUUACAUGGGAAGAUCAUCAAGCUAAAUGGUUUGAAAACAGACUUAAAAGUAGUGGCUACAGAUGCCCAGGGAGAGUGGGAGCACUUCCCCAAGGAUGCCCCAUUUAGUGAUGGGGCUGAUGCGCAGGACCAUGAUAAGAACCUGGAUUCUAUAUAUUUUGAAGGCUUGCCCUGCAAGUGGUUUGCACCUAAAGGUUCCAGCGGAGAGAAGCCAUGUGAAGAGAUCCUUCGAGUGGUAUUUGAAAGUUUUGGGAAGAUCAAGAAUGUGGAUAUCCCUAUGCUUGACCCCUACAGAGAGGCGAUGACUGGUGGGAGCUUUGGGGGUUUUAGCUUCGGCUUGCAGACCUUCGAGGCCUUUGUACAGUACCAGGAGUCAACUGACUUCAUAAAAGCCAUGGAGUCCCUUCGAGGGAUGAAGCUGAUGCUUAAAGGUGAUGAUGGGAAAGCUCUGGCAUGUAACAUUAAGGUUAUGUUUGAUACAACCAAACACUUCAGUGAAGGAGCUAUAAGGAGGAGAAAUCAAGAAAGACUAAAAUUACAAGAGCUAGAAGAAGAAAGGAAAAAGGAAAAGAAGAGAGAAGAGGAAGAGGCCAAAAGAAGAAGAAAAGAGGAGGAGAGGAAAGCCCAGGAAAAGAGGAAGAAGGCCAGGGUCAGGAGGAGAGCACUGAAGGAAAGGGACAGUCACCGGCAAAGGAAACGGGACAGAGCCAAAGCUGAGGCACCUCAAGAGCCGGACUCUUCGGAGGAGUUGGAGGAAAGAAAGUUCUUGCUGGCUCAGAGGCAGGUGGAGGCCUUUCGGUUGCUACGGGCGCUCCUCAGGAAAAUUGCAGAAUCCAUGCAGUUUGACCUACAGGAAGUAGCUGUUGCAGGCCCUGAAGCUAAUUGUGGUCUGAGGAACACACUGGAAAUUCUAAAGAAAGAAGAAUUAAAUACCCAGUAUCUUCAAAAUCAGGAGAAAAUACCAAAAUAUCAGGUUGUCAAUUCAGACAAUAACCAAAAACAAGAAAUGAAGAAAAGAACUAGGGCUCACUUAGGCAACUCUUCUUACUACCAUCAGAAAAAACAAAAAAGAUAUUCAACUAGAAAUGAGAUAAAUGAAAAAUUAUUAACCGAUGGAUACAAUCACAAUUUUCUGUCUGACAAGGAUUCCUUGCAAAUUACAUUAAUUCAAGAUCAAUUUCUUGAGAAAGAAGAUCACCUCACUUAUAAUAAAUCUAAUUCUUCCAGAUUAUCUGAGAGAGACCGUGGCAGGAAACAGAAGAUCUAUGAAACAGAUGAAUUUAUUGAUUAUAUAUUAAACUAUUAUUAUCAGAUUCCAAACAAUACCUCUGUCUGCUUAGAACCAAGUCACACAACAAGCACAUGUCAGUGGCAGAAGUCUGUCUAUGCCAGGGGAGAUGGAUUUCAAAUCCAUUUGAAAAAGGAUAAGCAUCCCUCAACCAGGUCGAAGCAAAUGCAAAACCUAGAAAGGAGAGAACAGGCUCAAGAAGAUGAGUACGGGACAAAGAUUUAUACUCAGCGUCCUGCACAUAAACCACAAAAGAGAGGAAAAGUGGAUUAUACCAAAGAAUGUACUAAGAAGUUUAAAAGUCAUUGCAAUGACACAGCCAGUGAAGCUGAUGAUCAGCUGACCACAACUGAUGAAAAGAGCUAUCUGUUGGAAAAGACCCAUGCUUACCAGGUCAAUGAUUCCAUAUGUACAGGUGAAAGUCAAGCUUCCUCACCCAACAAGAGGGUAGACUUAGAUUUGGAGUUGACAGAUUUCUUAGAGGAAAUUAGUAGUGAUUCUGAAUGCUUCAGUGAAACACUUAGUGUAAACCAACAGGAGGAACAGAAGUCUGUGGCCACAUAUGAUCGCUCCCCAGAAAAAGGAUCUCUUGAUGCUGAUGAAAUUAUCACUUGCAAUCAAGAAGUUACAUCAAGUCAGCAGACCUUGUAUUCAAAGUGGAAACAUGAAGGGGAAAAGAAAUACUCUAAAUACCAGCUUAGGAAACCAAGCAAGAGCUCCAAAUAUGAACUGAGAUGUUCAGGGUUUGAGGGUGAAAAUACUUCCAUGAGAAACAAGAGCGACAACGAAAAGAGGAAAAUACUAGCCUCCAAAUACUUCGAUGAAGGCUACUACCAUGAAUCCGGUUGCAGUGACCUAUUAGACCACAUCACAAGAAAGAGGAGGUUUAGUGAUAAUAUAUUUGACCAGAAGGUGAACUAUAGGCCCUCUCGUGUGCCAGUAACAUCAUCAGAAUGUACUAAUGCUUUCUAUUUGGGGUAUUUUCCCCAAAGAAGAGAGACUCUGUGGAAGUCAGACCAUAACCAGGAUGCAAGAAGGUUUAAAAGACAUGAAAAUUCUGCAGAUUUCAUGUUGACUCCAGAUGAUCAUUAUAUCAGACGUAAUAGUCAAGGGCACAUUAACUAUGGAAGCUAUUUAGGAAACAACUCUACUGGUUCUUUAUAUUUUCAAAUGUUUUGAAGAUCUCUGAGAUCAGGAACACCCUUAUUCACAAUGGACAAUUUACAAGAACAUUUAAAAACAAAUAUAACUAUGUAGUGACAAGCAAGAGAGCAACAUUUAAAAGCUUGAGCAAGGUCAAAUGAAAAACUUUGCUUCUCUUGCCAAAGUAUAAAGCAUAAGUCAAAAUAACUGCAGGUGUGUUGGCAAGCGUUGGAAAUACAAAAUAUCCAGUUUCUAAAGCUUGGUAAAACAAUGUGCUUGCAAAACUUCCUGAUCCAAGAACAGAUGUUUCUAUAGUUCAACUGCAACUUUAAUUUGGAGCCAGCAAAGGAGCAAAUUAACAUUGACAGGUGUUGAGAUAGCUCUCUUUGGCCCUUUAGCUCUCAUGAGUUCAUCAUUUAGUAUCAUUUAUCUUCAAAGAAGACAACAGUGAAUGAAUAAGGAUCUUUUUACAUGUUCUUUGAUUUGGUCAGAACAGCAUGUACAACAAACUUUCCUGACUUUCAUCUAGAAAUAACUAUAGCUAACAGAAGAGAGACAACAGCUAGAAUAUAUAAUAGACUUCUUCAUCACAUUUGAGGGUUUCAUAAGCACCCAUCAGAAGGAAAUUAAUCUUAUUUAUGUGUUCAUAGUACUCAAAGAGUUGUCCUUUUAGAAACAGUCUUGAAAGAAGAAAAUCUAAAAGGGGCUCAGAUUGUCCUUUGAGACUUAUAUGGACUGUGGACCAUUAGCAGAGUUAUUUUCGAAGAACCCCAUGUCAUUCCAGCCUAGAAAAGCAACAGGAUUGAAGUGAUGCAACCAGUGGGAUCUGCAAAAGGAAAUCUUGAAAGAACCUGGGCUACCAAUAAUGGCACUUGGGAAGAGAGAACAUGACAGUAUUCCAUUCAGGUUAUGUAAUCCUUUCACUCAGGGUUUGGUGACAUCAGGUUUUGAAAAGCCACUAAAUAUCCCCAAACUGACUUUUAUUAAACAGUAACAAGUGCCUCCUCAAUCCUCAAUAAUGCUAUGGAGUUAGGAAGAGUCAAGGGCGACACUCAUAGUUUUCUAGUUAGGGAAAGUCGUAUGUAUGCAGGAUUUGUAAACUCUUGACAAAAGCAACUUAUCUUUUUACCUACUGGUUUUGGACUUCUUGAAUAUGUUUUUAAAUUGAGAUAUUUUAUAGAUUUGUAAAGACAUCUUAAUGCAAUACAUCUUCCGCUGAAAGCUUGGCUGAUUCAUUCUGCUUUAUAUUGGAUUUAGGGCCUCAGGGGCAAUAGAUGACCUUUUUUCCCCAAGAAAGCUAUACCUGACUUGGCAAUUGAAGACAUCAAUGAGAUUAGACUACCUGCAGCAAGAAAAGGUUUUUAAUACACAAGAUAGUGGAAGACAACAUUUUCAUAUGGCAUGAUUCAUUUCCGAUAGAGUCCUAACUUGAUAGAAAAGUACCAGCUGGUAGAGCCAAGGUAGGAUUGCCAUUCAGUGUAGUCGCCCAGAAUGACAAGGCACAAUGUGUGCUUAUAACCAGCCUCUCGAGCAACCUGAUAUAUGAAGGGACUAUAAAAUCUUAUCUAAAGUGAGAGCCACACAUUGUUUCAUUGAUCUCUUCUAAUUACACUUAAUAGAAGUAUGCUAGUACAUGCAAAAGUUGAGAACUGAGUGUAACCUAGCAGAAUGUUUAUUAUUGUUAACAUAAUAACCAACAGAUGAUUCGUUGGCUCUCUUGUCUUCAGUUCCACUUUCAAGCCAGUGACUCUGCCAUCAAAACUAGGUUUGGCUUGUCAAAUCUGAAAAAUCGUUCAUGGGGCGAGUGCCUUUUUUCCUUUAGGACUAGCAAUUAUUAUUAAUGUUCAAAGUACUGUUGUCCAGAGAGGCCUUUUAAGCAACUAACAGCUUGUAUUCAUCAGACAACUUUCGGCAACUAGUUAUUAUUCUCCUUCAGCGAGACCCUGCCUCCUUGUUUUUUCAUAUUUCAUGCCAUUCAAACAAAGAAUGUUAUGGGUUUGUAAUGGAAAGCAGCUAUGCUUGUUUUGAAAAAAAAAAAUCUCAAUUUUUUCUGUCAUUUGAUAAUUUUUUUGUGUGGAGAUUUUAGGCAUGGAAACAAUUUGCUGCUCAGUAACCAGACAUAAAAAAUAAAUUGCCGAAAACAGCAUGUGAUUUUUGUGUGUGUGUGUAAUAGAACUGGUGCUAAGUCACAGCUAUCUAUAUAUUUUUUUCUUUUUGUUAUUGUUGUUUGGUAACUGAAUACCAUUGUAGAAGAAAGCCAACCUAGAAGAAAGUAAAAAUGCUGGUUUUAUGUUUACUUUCUAUACCACAAUGGAUUUUUAUGUCUUGUGGUAACACAUUCUAGAUUUGAGUAAACCUUUUUUUGUGUGUAGGACUUAAAGGAGGAAGCGAACAAUUUAUCCUGUACUGUUCAACUGAAUGGCUUAAUAAGGAAUAAAAUAGAACUGAAAAUAUUGUCAUCACUUUCUAUUAACAUUGUUUUCUGUUUUGCUGUUAUUUAAGUGGGGCAAAACUAUUUUUUCAUCUUUAUUCUACGUGCUAUUAUCUAAGGGCCUGAACUUUAAACUUUGUCUUUUUAAAUAGGUGUUUUCAUCUUUUUCCUUGUAUGUGCUUCUGAUUGUGUUUUUAAAAGCUCAAAAUUUGUCAACAUGCUUUUGUUCAAUUUGUUUGAAUUUCUCAGGUAGAAAGCCAUGUAAACUGGUCGUUUUGAAAAUAACCAAAUAAAUGUAUUUUUACUUGUUGCAA